AUGAAGCUUACUGUGACAAGCCUGAUAGUGAUUGUUGUAUUUUUGGCUCGUGGAGUGGCUUCAACUACUCGACACAAAUAUUACCGUAUACCUUAUGGAAUGGCGGAGUUCGGACCAUUUCGUGGUAAAAACUUAUCAUUGGAAAUGCCGUUAUCUAAAAAUCUUUCUCAGAUAGAUCGGCUUAGUUUAUCCGAAAAAUGUCUACCGUUUAGACGCAGGUGCUCUAUGGCCGAGCAAUGUUGCAGUCAUAAAUGCCUGGUUUAUAUUCAACGCUGCAACGCUUAAAUACUUAGAUAAUUGAAAAUUACUGCAAAAAAUAUAAUUUACUUGUUUCCUUUACAAAUGCA